AUGCCAACCCAAGCAUCCCACCUCCCCACGCUCCUCCGCUCCACAACCCACCCCCUCCUCCUCCGCACCCUCAUCCCCUCCGACGCCGCCGCCAUCUCCGCCGUCCUCUCCAACCCCGAAAACACAAAAUUCGACCCCCACGCCUCCGCCAUCUCCCCCGAGGUCGCCGCCAAGGUCAUCGACCGCAUGCGCGAGAGCGCCGCCGUGCCCUCCGUCCUCGACCCGGCCUCCGGCACCGUCGCCAGCGGCCCGGGCCGCGUCAACCUCGCCAUCGUCCACAUUCCCAACGCGGGCGAUGACGAGGGCGUGGUGAUCGGCCUCGGCGGGUUCGGUGGCAUCAACGAGUCCACCGCCGACGAUGGAAACAAGCGGAGGGUCGCCGACGUGGGCGCCAUGCUUAACCCGGAGUACCGCGGCAAGGGCUUCGCGACGGAGGCGAUCCGGCUGGCGGUCGAGUUUGCGUUCAGAGGGGUCGCGGAGGGCGGGCUGCAGGUGGACGCGGUGAGCGCCACGAUGAGCGAGAGGAACCUGCCCAUGGUCGGGCUCGUCGAGAAGAAGCUGGGCUGGGUCGGGGUCAGGAAGCCUGGCGAUAAGGAGGGCGACGACGGUGAAAUUUACUUUGAGGUUACGAAGGAUACUUGGAGGAAGUGA